UCUUAGUGCGUGACCCCACGUAAUGACAAAAGAACGGGAACAGACCAGCUCCAUAACACAACAGACAUCAUCUACUCAUGUGAGCUAUGGCCGAAGAGAACUUCUCUUACAAAAUCUCUCCUUCUCUCCUUCUCUUUCUCUCUCUUUUUCUAUCAUUUCCAUCGCUAUCUCCAGCCCAUAAUCAGCAACAAUCCCACUCAAUCACAGCAAUUUUCGUGUUUGGCGACUCAACGGUCGACCCCGGUAACAAUAACUACGUGCCGACUCUUUUCAGAAGCAAUUUCCCACCCUACGGAAGAGAUUAUACACGACAGAGGCCCACCGGAAGAUUUACUAACGGACGGCUCCUCACUGAUUUCGUCGCUUCAUACAUGGGUCUCAAAGAUGCGAUCCCGCCGUAUCUAGAUAAGUCGCUGAGUUUGGAAGAGCUGAUGACGGGCGUCAGUUUCGCCUCUGCGGGGUCAGGAUACGACCCGCUCACACCAAAACUCGGUGAGGUGAUUGAUCUGCCCAAGCAGCUGGACUACUUCCGAGAGUACAAGAAGAGACUGGAGCUGAUGAUUGGAAAGAAAAGAGCCGAUGAUCACAUCCAACGGUCCGCGGUCAUCGUCAGUGCAGGGACGAAUGAUUUCGUCGUCAAUUACUUUGCUCUCCCAUUCAGAAAACAGAAAUACACGGUUGAAGAAUACCAGUAUUUCCUACUACUGAAAUUCGGAGAAUUCAUUCAGGGAUUGCGGGAUCUGGGGCCAUGGAAGAUUGCGGUGGCGGGCCUUCCUCCAAUGGGUUGCUUGCCGAUCGUCAUCACCGCUAAUCGAGGUGGGCCAUUUCAGAAACGAGCUUGUGUGGAUGCACUCAAUUCCGUAGCUCAAGACUACAAUAGAAAGCUGCAAGACGAAUUAGGGGCCAUCCAAAAGAGAUGCGGAAACGAAGGGUGUAGAUUCGUCUACGUAGACAUAUACGGCCCCACCGCGGAUAUGAUCCUCCGCCCCGCCAAGUUUGGUUUUGAAGAUUCGACGGACGGGUGCUGUGGAACAGGGCUGUUCGAAGCUUCUUUCUUAUGUUCACCCAAAUCUCCAAUGUGUCCGGAUGCAUCCAAGUACGUUUUCUUCGACUCCAUCCACCCGACGGAGAGGGCGUACUACAUCCUCUUCAACGCCCUUCGAGAUACAGUCGAUUUAUUAGAAUGAGUCCGUGAUCCGGACUCGUACCAUGUAUUUAUUAGAAUGACUUGGACUGCCGUCUUCCUAUUGGUA